UUCUUUCUUUCUUUUUAUUUUUAAUCGAGUGCACUUUAUAGGAAGGAUCGGUAAAUAAAUAUUAUGGCACAAAUGUGAUUAAGAGCUUUUGGGCCUCAUGGUGAUGUUUUAAGAGAUGGGGACAGGAGAAAUCGGCUCUGUUCAGCUUCAAUAAACUGCGCUUUUAUUCGACUUUGUACAAAGGAGGAUCUGUUCGCCCCGCUGCAGGUAGAUAACUGCGCUCAGGUAUUGUAACACGAAACUCAACCACGUGACCAAUGGCGAAGUGAGGAGUAGACGGAAAAAAAAAAAAAAAAAAAAAGCUUUACAUGAAAGACUUGCUGAUAGGACAGCCGAGGAUGUAGUCCAGUGCUUCAGGUGGGCUUGUUCUGGUAGAAGAGGGCCGAGGAUGUUACCUGUGCUUUUCGCCGCACUCACAUUUGUUGCGGUUUCAUUUUUGACAAGGUGAGGCGGAAGCAGUUCACUUCGUGAGGAAUCAACCUGUUCUCGUUUUGUCUCGACUAUCUGGAAGCAGUCGGAUGACGGGCGUUUCUGUUCAAAGUGAGGCAGUAAAUCCUCACAGCGACUGUCUGUGAAUGAAAUGGACCCAAGCUGAUGCACCCGCUGUACCAGUCUGCCGCCAUUUGGCCCUGCUGGUCACGGGGAGAGAUGGCAGCGCGCCUGGAUGUGCUGGCCAUACCUGGAGCUGUGGUUGGGAGUGUUUUACUGCUGGUACUGAGCAGUAAUCCUGCGUGGGGGAAUUCGACCCUUUCUGUAAAUAGCAGCCAAAGCAGUAACACUACGGGACCCAACAUCGCAGCCAUUGUGGCCCCUACAGUCACCCUGGGAGUGCUGGCCUUAGUCUCGGCUUUUCUUGUCUGGCUGUUCUGUGUGGUGAAAAAGAAGAGGCAGACCGAAGGGACGUACAGACCCAGCGCUGAGGAGCAGUCUGGUGUACGCAGCGUCACCGCGCCAGAUGCACUAAAAUUACCAAAGGAGGAAAGACUCAUUUGAGGUUUUGUGGAAAAUCCUGUAAGGACGCAGGCUGCAAACGCGCCCCUGCGAGAUGAGGCUCUCGGCUUUGGGCUGACUACUGGGAGAAAGCUCUCUCCAGUUUAAGAGAGGACAAAGAGAGUUCUUUGAAACCAUAUAACAUAAUGCGUUUUCUUGCUGCUCCAUUUCAACAAGCACCGAAUUGUUCCUGCUCGGUAAUCUGAAGAGAAGCACCUGAAGGGAUCUUCUUGUGGCUUCUAAGAACAAACGAACAUUUCAAGGAGGUUUAAAUGUUUAUUCUGCACAAGUGAAAAGAAGAGCUACAGUAUUUUAUCACCGCUAAUGAUUUUAGUUUCCUUAAGUUACAAUUACUUGUUUCAUUUGAUCUGACUAAAAUUUCAGUGGCAAACUUUAUGCUGAUCUUGUACCUCAGACUUUUUUUUUUUUUUUUACUCUUUUACUCCAGCACAUUUGCAAAGAUCUUUCUUUUUUUUAAAAAACCCUAUUCAAGAAUUUAAUCAAACAUCUUAUCCUAGUCCAAAUGAUUUUGUGAUUUUAGGAAGCUGCCAUGUGCUAAAAAUCAGGCUAUAAUUAGAAAUCAAUAGCAACUGUUUACACUUUACAUUUUUUGAGCAAUGCUACUAAUUUAAAGGCACAUUAUGGACAUUUCACCAGAUUGUAUGUGUUGCGCAUAAUUUACUGUAAUCAAACAGAGAUAUUUUAGUCAACAACUUUAUUUAUGCUUUUGUUAAAUAACAAAAUAUUUGUUUAAUAUUUGUGUAAUUAAACCUUACAAAGCA